AUGCCGAAAAAAAUUGAAUACCGGCGGGCCAGCCCAACUUUGGGACUUACUCAAAUUUUUAACCUGUUUUCUCCAUACGGGCUAGUCCGGCCCAGUUCAAUUUUGAUGGGUCAAAAACAAAUUGAGCUGGUUGAUUCUUUGAAGGAAGGUCUUGUGAGUAACUGCCUUAUCUCCUCUCCAAGUGGUACUUCCGUCAAUCCAGGUUGUGAAAGAGGUGGAAAAUAUAGAAAAUACAAGUGUGAUGCAGAACCCAGUUUAUCUGGGACAAGAAAAUGUGAUUGUCCCUUUAGAUUGAGAGGGAGACUCAUCUCUCAAGGGGAGGGAUGGGUGUUGAACGUAAAAUGUGGUUACCAUAAUCACGAUGUCUCUUCUACUCUAGUUGGUCACCCCUAUGCGGGUAGGUUGAAGUCUACUGAACAGUCGUUGCUUGUUGAUAUGACCAAAAGUCAAGUCAAACCUGCAAAUAUACUUCUCACUCUGAAAGAAAAAGAUGAUUGUAAUGUUACAACUCUGAAGCAAGUGUAUAAUGCAAGAUAUAGGUACAAACGUUCAAUAAGAGGUUCAAGAACUGAGUUACAACAGUUAAUGUUGAUGUUGGAACGUGAUCACUACAUCCAUUUUAGUAGAUGUCUUGAUGAAUCUGAUGUGGCAAAGUGCAAAAUGUUAGUAAAUUCUGUUGAUGCAUGGGAUGUUGUAUUGCAAGCUUGGGAGAAUGUCAUGGACUGUGAAGAUGAAUUAAAGUUCAACGAGUGUGUUCAUCGUCUUGAGCUUGUUUGCCAGCCAUGGCCUGUAUUCUUUGAAUAUGUUAACGACUCGUGGAUCAUUCCUUAUAAGAAAUUCUUUGUGAAGGCAUGGACGAACAAAGUUAUGCAUUUGGGGAAUACAACAUCAAACAGGGUUGAGUCUGCUCACUGGAGUCUGAAGAAAGUUCUUGGAAGUAGUAUGGGAGACCUUUGUUCGUGUUGGGAUGGAAUUCACAACGUUAUUAUCUUGCAACACAACGAAAUUAAGGCAUCUUUUGAAAGAAGUUUAAAUCUGAUCAGUGACUCUUACAAGGCAUUGAGUUAUAGAAGAUUAGUGGGAAAUAUUUCUAGAUGUGCCUUAGAACUCCUUGCUCCAGAGUUGGAAAGAGUAAAAAAGAUUGGAUUCGAUAGUAGUCGUUGUGGCUGCAUUCUCAGACAAACUUAUGGUCUACCAUGUGCGUGUGAAUUAGCACGAUAUGAUCAUGGGAUUAUUCCUCUCCAAGAAAUUCAUGUGAUGUGGACUAGGUUGAGCUUCUCCAAUGUCUCGUCUUCACAAUUUGAAGGGCAAUUAUCUAUUCAGAGGGAAGUUGAUCUACUGCUUAAUCUUUUCAAAGAAGUUGAUAUUGCAGGAAAAGUGACCAUAAAACAUAAAUUACUCGACAUAGUUUGCCCUUCUAUGACAUCGAUGUUACCACCACCAAGUAAAGUUAAGACGAAAGGUGCAGCUAAGAGUCAUAGAUCAAAGAAGUCAACCAAACGUGAUCCCUCCUAUUUUGAGCAUGUGGACGCCUUCAUUGAGUCCUCAAGACAAGACACAUGUGUUGCAAAAACAGAAAAAAAGCUGAAGAGCAAACGUGUAAUUGAAGAGAAAGUAAUACCCAUGCUAGAACAGUUCAAUCUUGUUUUUCAUCCUUAUAUACUCGAUGUUGUCGAUGUUGUUGCGGACGGUCAUUGUGGAUAUAGAUGCAUUACUGCAUUGUUGGGUAUGGGUGAAGAGUUGUGGCCUCUAAUCAGACAUGAUCUAUACAAAGAACUUAGUCAAUGGCGAGAUGAAUAUGCAACAUUAGUUGGAGGCUAUGAUCGUCUGGAAGAACUGAGAAAGUCUUUGCUAGUUCACUCACCAUCAGGGGCUAAUCGAGACAAGUGGAUGACUAUACCAGACAUGGGGUAUGCGAUUGCUAAUCGGUAUAAUGUAAUCCUCGUCUACUUGUCGUCAGUUCAGAAUUUGACGAUAUUCCCACUUCGUACAUCCCCACCUAUUUCGCAAAGUCAACAUCGACUAAUUUGUAUUGGACAUGUUUACAGUUCUCAUUUUGUGCAGGUUCGUCUACAAGAAGGUUGUCCAUUACCAACAGUGGAUAUCAUAUCAUCUAGCAAUUGUUACCCAAAGGCAAAAGGCUGGGCAUCAUUUUAUAGAGAUAGGAUGCAAGCAUUCCUAGAUUUACACGUAGUGGAUCGUAGUUAUGUAGAUCUCAUGGAAGACUGA